AUUGAAUUGUAUUUUUAUAAAUAUAUUGGAAAUUUCCGGUUUAUUGGGAAAAUGUCGUCUGAAAAGUACUGCCAGAGGUCUAACUGUAGAAGCCCGAACGGGUCUGUAAAUCCCUAUUUCGUUUUCCUUUGUGAAUUUCGAAAGAAUCUUAAAAAGCGAGGCGUUCUCAACCUGAAGCCGACUUCCGUAGCCAAAAUUGCUGGCAGAAAGUGGCGGGAAAUGACUCCAGCGCAAAAGUGGGUGUAUAUCGAAACAGCCAAGACAAAUAAGGCAAAGAUUAAGGCCUCAAAAUAUCGCAAAACUGAAGAGGCUAAACAAUGCUGCUUUAAAAAGGAGCAACAUUUUAGAGAAAAAGGUUUAAAUAAAAAAUCAAAUCUAUCCCUGGUUGUCCCAGUUUGAGAAAGCAGUUCUAAUUGGAAUCUUAGUGCAGAAUGGGAGUUUUACCUAAUUGGAAAUUAUAUGAUUUUUCGAAAUUAUACGUUGUUAUAAAAUAAAUUAUACACAACAGUCUGCUGA